AUAUUUUCGAGAUGCCUUCGGGACGUGAAUGUUGAUGACGAUGAUGUGAGGCGUGUGCGUGUGAAUGCGUCGUUUGUGCGUCGUUUGUGCGUCUGUUUGUCGUGCUCCGCCGUCAGUCGAUAGGAUUAUAGUAUUAGUUAUAAUGCUGAGUGAUUAACCGUAAUUACACAUUAGCAUUAAUAAUAAUAGUAAUAGUAAUAAUAAUAAUAAUAACAACAAUAACUAUUAAACGAUAUACGUGUGUAGGUAGUUGGUACGACGACGUUUUUUAAUACCGAUCAAUCCCCGAUAACCGAUUUUUAAAAGAGGUUCACCGUAUCGAUUUUUUUUGUUUUUCCGUCCGUCGCGUGGGCAUCUCGAUCACCGGAUAUCUCGCAGUGCACGGGAAACGGACCAGUUUUUGCGUGAGCGAGAGGAACGGACUCGUCGCCGCCGUGUCCAGUUUUGUUGCAGUCGCUGACCGAUCUUUUGCCACCUACACUCGACGAGAACAACCAACGACCACGGCAGUCGUACGACGACACUGUCAUCGCUGUCCGAAUGGUGGCCAGCCACCGUCCAAAUGCAGUUGACGUCCAACUUGGCGGCCGCCGCCAACUAUGCGAUCCCGUGACGGGCAACGUAACAUUUUGAUUCAGGGUGUUAUGCGUUUGAGCAUAAAACAAUGGGGGCCAACAUGGGUAAGAGUUCAGCGUCUUUGCUGGAUGCACUCCCUACACCACAAAGUCAUUUGCAUGUAGUCAUGUUGGGCCUAGACAGUGCUGGUAAGACUACAGCUCUCUACAGACUUAAAUUCAAUCAGUACCUAAACACAGUUCCUACAAUUGGAUUUAACUGUGAAAAAGUAAAAGGAACUGUAGGAAGGGCCCGAGGUCAAACAUUUCUUGUGUGGGACGUCGGUGGACAAGAAAAACUUCGACCGUUGUGGAAAAGUUAUACCAGAUGUACUGACGGUAUAUUAUUCGUUGUGGACAGUGUAGAUGUAGAACGAAUGGAAGAAGCAAAAAUGGAAUUAGCCCGCACAGCGAGAGCUCCAGAAAAUACAGGUGUACCAAUUUUAGUAUUAGCAAAUAAACAAGAUUUGCCAGCAGCACGAGAUUCAGCAGAAUUAGAAAGACUUUUAGGUUUAAAUGAACUUAAUCAUUUGUGGCAUAUUCAAGCAGCUUGUGCUAUUACUGGGGAUGGUCUUCAAGAAGGUUUAGAUGCGCUUUAUGAUAUGAUAUUAAAACGCAGAAAAUUAGCUAAACAAGUGAAAAAGAAAACUCGAUAAAUUGGUUAAAUAAUGGUAUAACUAAAAUUAUAUAUUAAAAUACAGCAAUGCUAUUGGGAUAAUAAAUACAUAAAUAUCCUGUUUGUCUUUUAAAUUUCCAUGACAUAUUUUUAACAAAAGACAGCUCGUAAUUAAUGUUUGUUUUGACAUUACGAAUAUUAUGUGUUUCAUUUAUACCGAGUACAUUUAUUUAAUUAUUUAAACUAUUUGUUUUUAUUUAAAUGACAUGAGAAUACUUGAUAGAGAUUUUAUUUAAAAAUAUUGCAAUUUGGCACUUGCUAUUAAUCUAAAAAUAUCUAUUGUGUUAUUUCAUUGAUUCUCAGUGAACCGCCUAAUUAAUAUAUAACACCUAUUUGUUUGCUUAAUUGUGUUAACAGAAUUUUAAAUUCAUGUAUUACUUUUUAACAAUAAUCCCACCGAUUGUAAAUAUGAUUUUUAUGUAAUACAAAUGGUAGCUAUUUAGUAGCCUUGUAUAGUAUGGCCACUGAAAUAUUGAAUGUUUGACAUUUAUUAUUUUCACUUAAAUGUUAUUUGAUUCACUUUAAAGAGCAACUAGUUUGUUAUUAAAUGUAUUUGUUGUCACUCCAUGGUGCUUUAUUAUUUUUGAAAUUAUAUUGUAUUAUUAUUUUUUAUAGUGCAAUAUUUCACUUGUUUAAUACUACUGCUGCACUAAAAAAAAAAUGUAUUCAAUGGAAGGUUCAACAGUUUAUGUUUUUGACUAUAUUAUUUUUCCAGUUUAAUAUUAAAUAUUUAUUACAUUAUGUAUAUAUAUAUAUAUAUAUCAAAUACAAAUCUGGAAUUGAGUUUUAAUAACUGAUAAAUUGGUGUUAUGCCCAGUUUCAAGUUGUGCAUAUAUUUAUUUUAUUUAUAAACAUUAGACUAGUUUUUUCUUUUAUUCAACACUAGCCAAAUUGUUAUCUGUUUUUUUUUACGGGUCUUUUACACCCUAUCAGGUUACCAUGAUAUAUGAUUAUCUUUAUUAUAUUUUGUACUUGUUUUUAUAUUUUCCCAUGUCUUUAGGUUAGGAAAAACUGUUCUAAUGUUUAUGAUGCCAACUUAACUGUGUAUGUAUAUAUAUAUAUAUGUGUGUGUAUGACAUAUAUACUAAUAAAGUGUGUAUUUACUAUUUAAUAAGAAAAUAAUUAUAUGUAUUGUAUAGUUUGAGUGAAUUGGGUAGUUAAUUAAAUAUGUUAGUUUCCAAUUAUAACCAGACAACAGGCAUCGUAAUUUUUAUCUGAAUAUGAGUCAAAUACAUUAAUCCACCUAACUUUGAAUCUUUCUAAAUACCUAUGUAUUUGUAUAUUUUAUUCUAUAUUUAUUAUUGUUUUAGCAUAUGUUUUAACGUAACCUUUUUUAUGCUUUGUUAUUAUGUUUUUUACCCUCAUUUACAAUAUUUGUUUUAGCAAACUACUUAAAACUAGUUAAAUUAUUUUCAUAUAUAAUUGUUUUAUCUAAUGAAUAAGAAGAAUUAUCACAUUUUUUAAUGCUUUAAUAUUUUCCUUGUUGAUCUAUUCUGUUGUAAUGACUAUAUUUUCAAUUCUUUUUAGUUUUUGUUUAUGUGUAAAUUUGUUUAUAUAACUUAACAACGAGACUGUUUAUGUGUUUUGUUAUAUCGAUUAACUUUUUAUGUAUAAAUAAAUUAAAUUAUUAAGUGUAUAAGUUUAAUAAUUGUCAUUAAUUAGCAAUUAUUGUAAGUAUUUAUCAUUAACAAUAAGAAACAAUCAUUUUUAAGGUUUUUUUUUAUUUAUACAUAUAUGUUAUACAUUUUAGAAAAAUUUAGCAGAAAUUAAUGUCUGGCAUAUAAUAUAACUUGAAUGAAAAUUGUGAAUCGAUCAUAUAUAUUAUUUUUUUUACACCUUCGAAAAAUAAUUUUAAUUUUAUUUAAAGUUAAUAAUAGUAUUGUAAUACAUAUUGUUUCUUUUAUGUAUUCAAAUUUGAUUUUAUGUUUUUUCUACAUUUAUUGUUUCUGUUUGAGAAUAAUAAAUCACCAAUUUAAAUAAAAA